AGGGAGAUAAUUAAUAGACUAAAACCCUAAGAACAAAUGAAUUUAGCUGCUGUUAUGAAAGAAUUCAUUAUAUUAGAGAGACAAAUAGUUGAUCUCAAGAAUUUAAUGUUGAUAACUUAAGAUAUAAGUUGGGAGGCAAUUUCAAAAUUAAUAGGAACAAAGUUGAAUUUUUAGGAUUUUUUAGGUGUACUCAAGAAAUUUAAACAUGAUUGCAAUAUUGAAGUGGCUAAAAGAUUGUUCUCUUGUUAUGAUAAAUAAGAAAAAGGAUAUUUGGAUGAUUAAGAUCUUAAAUUGAUGAUUCUUCCAAUAUCUUUAGAUACUUAAAAUAUCAAUUAGAUUGGAGAUAUCAAAAUUGAAGUAUUGAGCAAAAUCUUUAAAGUGAUAUUAGAAGUGUAAUUAAAAUAGUUGAAAUGUUUAAGCCAUUAUAAAUUUAAUCCUGAAUUGGCUUUCAGAUUUUUAAGUUAAGGAAGAUUAACAGUAAAUUAAAAUCAUGUGAAGAUGUUUUUGAAAACUCAUGGUAUUUAAUGUACUAAUAAUGAAUUGUUGUUAUUACACCCUUUUGAUUUGAGUUUAUAAUAAUUUAUUAUUAAAUAUGAAUGCAAAAUCUGAUUUCCCAUGUAGAUUCUUCCUUUAAGGUAUAUGUAGAGAAGGGGAUUAAUGUAGAUUUUCGCAUAGCACAGAAAGACUUAAUUAAGAAGGAAAUGGUGAAAGAAUUUAAUUAAACAGAUAAAAUGGAUCUAAUCAUUAAACCACUAAGUUUGCAUUUCGUGGGAAAUAAAAUGCAAGAUAAAUAAAUGAUAGAAAUUAAUUUGAAGAAUUUUAAAGUAAUGUUUACGAUAAAUCAAAUAACAAUGAUUAAUAAUAUAAAUUGAAUAUAACAAAGCAAUUUGAUAAUUUAGAUAACAAUUACUAAACAUAAAAUAUAGAGAAGUCGUAAUAAUAAAAUAAUUAUGAUUAGAGAAGUAAAGUAUUAUAAAUUUAAUGAUAGGAUCAUCAUUAAAUGAUUUUAGAGGUUCUUAAUAAAGAGAGAAAAAUAAUGUAAAUUCUGAUAGAUGGGAGAGAAUUCAAGAAAAUAAAGAAGAUAAAUAAAAUGAAGUUAGAGAUUUUUAAAAUAGAACAACUGGAAGAGGAAGAGGUAGAGGAUAUUUAUAAUAAUCUGCUUACAAGAAAGAUAAUGUAAAUUAAGAUAGAUGGAAUAAUAGAAAUGAAAUAUCAAGAACAUAAGAAUUUAAUAAUAAAAUGGAUAAUUAUGAUGAUUAAAAGAAUGUUUAAAAAAGAAUAAAAAGGAAUGAUGUAGUUAUUAAGAAAAGAGCUAAAAUAUUAAAAUUAGAAUAAAGUUUAGAAAUGUAUGAAUUUGUUAAAGUUAUUGGAUUAUAUAAUUAAUAAUUGAUAAUAUUGAAGGCUAAUAAAAUUGAAUUUUAUAAUAUUCCAUUCAAAAGAAAUGGAAUUGAUAUCUUAGAUGAAAGUUUAAAGACAAAUUUUGAUCAUAUGGAUAAGAUUUUUGUAAAUGGUUGGGUUUGUCAAAAAAAUGAUGGUAGUUUUAAUUUAACAAUUGAAUUUUUGAAUAAAGGAGAAAAGAUUAAAAAUUUACUUAUUUAUUCAAAUUUAUUUUAAUAAUAAUCUCAUUUAAUUAUAAAUGAAGUAUCUUUAAAAAAAGUAGUAUUUGUAGAUUAUAAUUAAGAUCUAAUUUUAACAUUUUGUUAAGAUGGUUUGAUAAGAAUAUUUCAAUUAAUACAAGAUCAAUAUAAAUAUAUUUAGCAUUACAAUUUUGAAUAAACAAUAGAAACAGUGAUAAAGGUGGGAAGUAAUUACUUAAUUGGAACAAAGAAUUAAAAAAUAUUAUUGUUUGAUGGAUAAACAAUCAAGAAAAUUGAAUAUUAAUUUAAUAAAUUAUGCACUCAAAUGAUUGUAGAUUACAAUAGAGUAAUAUUAAAGAUGGAUAAUGAUAAUGAAAGUUCUAUUUAUAUUUUAACAUAAAAUUUAUAAGUUAUUGGACCUAUGUAUAAUGGAUCUAAGAUUAAUAGUUUUGGAGUUAUUAGAAGUUAUGAAAAUGAUAAAUUAUUUAUUUUUAAUGUAAAUAAUUCAAUAGAGACAUUUAUAGAAAUUGAUAAUGUGUUAUAUUAAUUCAAUAAGAUAUCGAAUUAGAGUAUUUAGAAUAUCUAUAAAUUUGAAAUGACAAAUGAAAAUAUGUUAAUUUAAAAAUAUAUAAUAGGGAAUAAUGGGUUAGAUAUUAAAAUAUUUAGUAUUGUCCCUGAAGAAUGA